AUGGAUGGUGAACAUAAACGUACAUUUGUUGAAUGUAUUUAUGAUUAUGAUAAUAAUUAUCUUAUUAUAAUUAGUGAACAAACUUUUGAAUAUUAUAAUUAUACAAUACUUAAAAAAGCUAUUUAUACAAAAAAUAUUUUACAACAAUGUAAUGUCUAUCCAAUAGAUAUUGAUAAUUCAUCCGAUGGAUUUUCUGGUGUAACAUAUGUAGAUCAUAAUAUAACACAUAUUCGAUCAUUAUAUGAUUUUUUACUUUUAACAUCAAAUGCAACAUAUUUUGGUGAAACAACUUUACGUGGUUAUAUUCAUGUUCAACAAUGGAUAUCAUCAAUAUCAAAUGUUUCAGAUAUUAUUUGGUCAUUUGCUAAAACAAAUUAUUUUAUGCCAUGGAAUUCUAAUAAUUAUACUAUUCCUAUACAACGUAUUAUAAAACGAAAAGAUAAUGGAAUUAUUUUAGAAAUAUUAAAUAUUUUUAGUUAUAAAACAAGAAUAAUUAAAACUGAUUUAAUACCACCGAAAAGUAUUUUUUGUAAUGAUUUAAUUCCAACAGAUCAACUUAUAAGUUUACAAGAUAUUGGUAUCAAAUUUCCUGAUAAAUUUAGUGUUCGUAUUGAUGCUUCUACAAGUUUUCAACAGCUGUGGCAUUCAGUUCAUCUUCAUUAUUAUUUAACAGAUGAACGAAAAUUAAUUCGUUAUGAUUAUACACCAUUUGAUAAUACUCAAAAUUCCAUAACAAUGAUAUUAGAUUAUUCAGAAAAUGCAUCAUGUUCAUAUAAAAUAGAUCGUCGUACAGGUUUAUGUAUUAUAAAUGAAUCGAUUGCAAUGAAUUCAUUAACAUCGAUAUUACAUAAUCCAAUUGAAACAUUAAUUAAAUAUGAAGAUAUUCUUCUUUCGAAUCCACCUAAACAAUUUUUUCAAUAUACUGGUAAUCGUCCAUGUCGUGGAUCAAUUUUAUGUACAAUUCUUAUUGGACAAAUGUCACAAUUUCCAUUAGAUUCAGAUGAAAAUUGGCUAGUAACAAAUAUUGAAUGGGGAUGGUCUAAACGAAAUAUUUAUGAUGAUGAUAAUAAUACUCCGUAUGAUUAUCCAGUUUAUCUUAAUUUAAAUUUAUAUAGAAAUAUCAAUGAACCAGCAGCUAAUGUUCAUUAUGAAUUUUAUGAUUAUCGAACUGAUGUAUAUUUAAAUGAAUUUGAUAUUAAUUUAUGUUAUCGAUCAAACCAAUUAUGGUAUCUUCAUUUAGCAUUUCAACUUAAAAUUAGAAAUCAAUCAACAACAAAUGAUAUUGAAAAUAUUUCAAUUAAUCGACAACAUUUAACUGAAUGUAUUCGUGCACAAAUGAUGAGGAUUAUGUCAAUAAAAUACUUACGUAUAUCUCAACUUGAACUUAAUCAUCAUUUAAAUCAACCAGAUCAUAAUGAUACACUCUAUUGUAUAUUUACUUUACUUGAUCGAACACCAUUUGUUGAUCCAAAUUCUGAAAUUGAAUUACUUGAUGCUAAAAAUAAACUUGAAAAUAGUAUUAAUAAUGGUGAAUUUUACUUUGAUACUGAUAAUGAUCUUUCAAUUGAAGCUAUACGAGAUUCAUUAGAAGAUAUUCAAUAUUUCUAUACAUUUAAUCCUAAUAUUAAUGUUAAUCGAACAAUUAUAGAAACAAUUGACGAAAUUCAUGAAAAAAUAAAAUAUUCAGAUGGUGCACAAGCAAGUGCAGUUGUUGGUGGAAUGAUUGUAGGAAUUUUAUUUGGAACAAUAACUGUUUUUGUUGUUAUAUGUAUGAUAAAAAGAAAAGCAAAUAAAUCUCCUAGUGGUGGUCUUACAUUUCGAAAUAUUAGUUUUCGUGUUGGAAAUAAGCGAAAACAAGAAGAACCAGAUAAUAUUAAUAUACAACAUUCACUACAUAAUAGACAAGAAACAUUCAGUUAA